AUGGCAGAAGGAGGGCAGGCUGGCACUCCCCCCGUCCGCCUCUGGGUGCGCCGUGUAGGUGUUUACUGCGAUGAGCACCGCCACACCUGGCUCGUGGCUGCAGAAGAGGAGGAAGGUAUGCUGAGGGCUCGGAUCCAAAGAGUUCAGGUUCCCCUGGGUGAGGCGCUGCGGCCCAGCCAGCUCCCCCCAUCCCGGCUGCCUCACAUGUGGCAGCUGUCCCAGGGUGAGCAGUACAGGGAUAGUAACUCUCGCGUUUGGGAGAUAGAGCACCACCUCAUGCUUGGUGGUGUUGAAGAACUGCUGCUUAAACUCGUGCCUGGGGAUUAA